AUGAAGAGCGAUCCGUCGCCAAUACGGGGCACAGAAGCAUCCGUGCCAAUACGGGGACAGCGCUUGGAAGAGCGAUCCUCGCAAACGGCGCGUGAUAAGAUCCUCGCAAACGGGGACAGCCUUGAUGAGAGACGUAAUACGGGGACAGCGCUUGAUGAAGAGACCGUCAUACGGGGACAGCGCUUGAUGAAGAGCGACCGUCGCAUACGGGACAGCUUGAUGAAGAGAUCCGUCGAUACGGGACACCUUGAUGAAGAGCGAUCCGUCGCCAAUACGGGGACAGCGCUUGAUGAAGAGCGAUCCGUCCAUACGGGGACAGCGCUUGAUGAAGAGCGACCGUCGCCAAUACGGGACAGCGCUUGA